AUGGAUCCAACUGCCCGCCCUCAACCCACUGAAGCCCAAGCCUACACUACCGCCGGCAACCCCGUGCAGCACACGCCCGCCGAGUCCGCCGCCGCCGACCGCACGGCCAACAUCCACACCACCAAGAUUGCGCACCGCGAGGCCGGCGACGUCGCGUCCGACCACCCUGCCUCUUCUGCGCUCAUGUCUGGUACUCAACAAGGUCAAAAGAAUGACAAUGUGUCGAUUCCGCCUGGGAUUGGACUCGGCCAAGACGACCCUAUUGACCCACUGGAGGGCGAGAAAAUGCACACCUACGGCGAAGGCGAAGUGCGCGCGGCGCAGGACCACAAGACGGGCACGGGCGCCGAGAAGAGCCUGACCAGCGACCUGGAUCGCAAAAAGGCCGAGCAGGAGCCGCGCAGACACGAAAUCCAGGCGCAGCGUGCGGCGGGGCUGGAUAUUGACGGCGCGCUGGGACAGCGGGGCGGGCCGGCGACGGUGCAGGGUCAUAAUUAA